CCAAACUGACCACGAGGAUUCUGACAGUGUCGCUGUCGUGGAUUUCAACUCUCGUAUAUCGUUGCGAUCGCUACCUUAAUAGUGAUAUAAAUAGUGACACUAGUAAAUUCUUUACAUACCUGGAUAUGGUAGCCCAUUUUGCAGCAGUUGCUUUCACGGGGUUCAUGAUUUAUGCUGCAUGGCCAGGGAGUAGUCUUUUUUCAUGGCAUCCAACUCUGAUGGCUGUAGCUAUGGCGCUACUGAUGUUUGAAGCAAUCACAGUCUUCUCACCUAGCAGCUCCCUCAUCGUAUCCUGGCAACGCCCAAGUAAAGCCAAUAUCCAUGGUUACAUGAUGGCCGCCUCAAUGGUGGCUGCCAUUGCUGGAUUUCUUGUCAUAUUCUACAAUAAACAGUUAAACAACAAAGAACAUUUUACCACCUGGCAUGGCACUAUGGGAUUGAUUACAUUGCUUUGGGCAUGUUUGCAGACUUGUGGAGGACUGCUGCUCAAGUAUAAUUGGUUGAUAACAUCCUGGAAAAUUCGACUUGUGGACAUGAAACUUUACCAUGCCACCGCUGGUCUCUGUGCUUUUACGCUAGUCUCUGUGACCCUAGUGCUGGCCUUGUUUUCUGAUUGGUUUACUAGUGUUGCUACAGGAACCACCUGGUGGGGAAUUUUUGCAUUACUUGGUUGUUUAUCAUUGACAGUGAUGCAGCAGAUCACGACAGCCUACUUACCUCAGGCCCGCAGCAAGCCGAAACCAAUAACAUCCAAACAAGGGAAACGUAAGGAAAAGAAGAAAGAAAAAUAGGGAGGUUCUGUUUAUUCACAAAGCUCAGACAAUCAGUGUUUGCUCAUAUGUAUAAAUUAUUGACAGCAGAAAAUUAAUAUUUUUUAUUGAAUUUUUGAUGUUGAUUUCAUGGGGACCAAUUUAUCAACAAUUUAUUGAAACUAUCAUAUAGAUGAUAUUAUUGAAAUUUUGCAUUUUUUAUAUAAUUGUCCAAAGUCAUAUCUUGUGACUUUCUUCUUUAUGCAGAUAAUGUAACUAAUUUUGCAUAAAUAUUAUGCAUUUCAUGCACCCUACCAAACUUACUUUGGGUGUUUAAUCAAUCAAUCCAUUUUCAUUACCUACAUUUUUCAGAUCAUGAAGGAUCAGUAGAAUAUGUCCAAUUGUAAAGUACAUGUAUCUAUAAAACUUAGGCAUACCAAACUUGCAUGAAGGAUGCACCUAUCGUGAUGCACUCAGCCAGAUGUGCUUGGAAUGUUAGCGUGUGGCUUACCUGGAGGUUCCACUAAACUAGAUCUACCAAGUGAUUGGAUGGAAUUUUUUUUUAGAGCAGAUCAGCUAGUCCCAAAGAAUCUAUAGGUAUUAUCAAAAAACUUCUAUGAUGUUAUUGCUGUUAUUGAAGCUUCCCCAAUUGCAAGUAACAUGAUGACCCCUGUAAGCUCAGUUGGGGAAACAUUAUGGGGGUCAAACAUUUAGUUUAGUUUUGAGUAAACUCAGGUGACCUAUUGCUAUCCGUUUUCGUCCGUCGUUGUGCGUCGUCCGUCGUGCGUCUUGUGUUAACAUUUGAACAUUUUCAGCUUCUUCUCUGCAACCGCUCAACCAACUUCAACCAAAUUUGGCACAAA